AUGGACUUGGUUGGAGGAGGAGGUAGGGGUCGAGGUAGGGGUAGAGGCAGAGGCAGAGGUAGAGGCAGAGGUAGAGGUAAGGGCAGGGCCCCUCCAGUCGAGAUGUAUGAGGAUGAGGUGGAGACACCAGAGUAUGAACUGCCUGUUCCACCAGUGAUUAAUAUGGUGGACGCUACUCGUCUGUCGAAAUUGACAAAGGAAAUUUAUAGUCUGGGAGCAGUUCCAUUUAAAGGUGGCACAGACUAUAUGUUGGCAGACCAGUGGAUCGAAAAUAUGAAAGGUUACUUCCAGAUGGUGAUUUGUGAUGAACGGGAGAAGAGGAAGAUAGCAUCGUUUAUGCUUCAAGAGGAUGCACGAUUGUGGUGGAGUGGCACUGAGAGGAUGAUAGACGUGACCACUCUAACCUGGGAUGGCUUCGUGGAACUCUUCAGGAAGAAAUACUUCCCAGUUACCGUGAGACAGCAGUUGGAGAGACAAUUCCAUUCACUAACUCAGGGGAAGUUGAGUGUGAGGGAUUAUGAGGCGGAGUUCAACAGGUUGUAUCAGUUUGUGAGACAGUUAGAUCCUGAGAGUUUGGCCAUGAAGUUUCAAUUAGGGCUGAACCCAUCGAUUCGGCGUGACGUAGCCAUUUUGGAACUAAAGGAACUAAGACUCGUUGUGGCUAAGGCAUUAACCAUCGAGCAGGAAAACCAGAUCCUCUUAGAAGAGCAGACAGUUGAGAGAGAUUUUCAGAGGAAGGGAAAAGCAGUAGCUGAGAACAGCCAUACAGCAGGCAAACGAGGUAACAUCUGGAAGAGACAAAGGACUAACCAGCAGCAGGCACCAACUAGGGCCAUGGUUGCUACACCUGCUAGGGUGAUGCCUAUUAGACAGGUGGCACCUCUGAAAUGUUUCAACUGCCAGGAGUUAGGGCACAUUUCGCGAAACUGCCCGAAACCAAAGAAUUUGGUGUGCUUUAAUUGUGGCCAGGCAGGACAUGUCUCCCGGGUUUGCACGCAGCAACAAGAUAGGGGCCAAAGAAACCAGCCGAGACAACAGCCUCAAGGUCAGGCUAGAGUCUUCGCCAUUGGUCAGAGAGGCACAGGGGUGGAAGGUACCUUAUCUAUCUAUAACUAUCUUGCUAGAGUACUGUUUGAUACGGGAGCCUCCCAUUCCUUUAUAUCUAGUUCCGUAGUAGAUGUAUUGGGUUUGAUUUCCAUGCCUCUUACUGGGUCAUUAUGUGUUACGUCACCCCUCGGUGUAUCUCUUGAGCUUGAUAUGUUUUGUAAUGAUUGCCCUAUUGAGAUAGGUGGUAGAGAGUUCUCUGCAUCGUUGAUUGUGAUACCAGAUCACACAUAUGAUGUGAUUUUGGGCAUGGAUUGGUUGAGCCCGAACCAUGCAGUAAUUGAUUGCUUUAGGAUGAUUGUGUCCUUCCAUGUUCCUGGGCAACCAGUGUUUCAUUACCGUUGUCUAAAGUCUGACAUCGCUAUGAGGGCAGGGAUUUUGGCUCAUAUUGAGUCAGGGAGUAGUAUUUCUAAGAUUUCAGGAAUUCCUGUAGUUUCAGAGUAUGCUGAUGUUUUUAAGGAGAUACCAGGGUUGCCUCCAAAAAGGGUAAUGGACUUCUCCAUUGACGUGAUACCAGGUACUGCCCCUGUAUCAAAAGCACCCUAUCGGAUGGCUCCAGCUGAACUUCAGGAGUUGAAGUGUGUGGAUUAUCGGCAGCUGAACAAGGUGACCAUCAAGAACAGGUACCCUUUACCUAGGAUUGAUGACUUGUUCGAUCAGCUUAGAGAGGCUACUGUGUUCUCAAAGAUUGAUUUGAGAUCUGGAUAUCACCAGUUAAGGGUGAAGGAUGAGGAUAUUCCAAAGACGGCGUUCAGGACCAGGUAUGGACAUUUUGAGUUCCUUGUCAUGCCUUUUGGUCUGACUAAUGCACCAGCAGCAUUCAUGGACUUGAUGAACCGCACGUUCAGUCCUUACUUGGAUCAAUUUGUUGUAGUGUUCGUGGACGACAUCUUGAUUUAUUCAAGGUCGUCUGAUGAGCAUGAGGAGCAUUUGCGGAUUGUACUACAGACGCUGAGAGAGAAGAAAUUGUUUGCCAAGCUUGAGAAGUGCGACUUUUGGCAGAAGGAAGUCAAGUUCCUUGGUCAUGUAGUUUCGAAGGAUGGAGUUUCGGUGGAUCCUUCGAAGGUUGAAGCGGUGAUGAGUUGGAUUCGCCCUACCACUGUUACUGAAAUCCGUAGCUUCCUUGGAUUGGCAGGGUAUUACAGGCGAUUCAUUGAGGGGUUUUCUGGUAUUGCUUCGGCUUUGACCAAAUUGACAAGGAAGGACACUCAGUUUUUAUGGACGGAUGAGUGUGAGAAGGCUUUCAACGAGCUGAAGACCAGAUUUGGAGACACUAUCUGUAUGGUGAGAAGUUCGAACUCUUUUCUGAUCAUAAGAGUCUGA